AUGAAAGAAGAGAAUGAAAACAACGCCAAUGUGAGAGUUGGGAAAAACAGCGGAAGAUACGAAUAUUGGAAGAAUAAAGAGGAGCAACGAUCAUUUGCCGGCGUUGCCACUAACAAUCGGAUGGAUAUCGAUGAUUGGGUUAUCGAUAGUGGCGCCACAUCACCCAUGUUGUCGACAAAGGACCGAUUUCUGGGUCUCGAAAUCCAACGUGAUGGUGACAAAGGGGCUAUACGUCUCAGCCAGAGUAUGCAUAUCAGGAGCCUGAUGAAGGAACUGGGCAUGGAGAUUUGCCGCACGGUAUCCACCCCGUUAGAAGCUAAUUUCCAGGUUAAGUGCGACAACAAGUCGUCUGUCAAACGUAUCGAUGCAACGGAGUAUCAAUCCGUAAUAGGCUCUUUGAUGUAUAUUGCGCUAUGCUCACGACCAGACAUUUUGCACUCGGUGUGCAAAUUAUCACAGAGGAAUAACGAUCCCCAUGGCGAGCAUCUCGCAGCAGCGAAACAAGUGCUGAGAUAUCUGAACCAGACGGCAGAUAUGGCAAUAACGUACAAGAAGACCGGCGCUGCGAUCACAGGCUAUGCAGACGCAGAUUGGGCAGGUGACUCAACUGAUAGAAAGUCCUACACUGGAUACGCAUUCAUUUCCCAGCGCUGGUCACAUGUGCGUACAGAGGGCAAUCCCGCAGAUCUUGCAAGCCGUGGAGUCUCCGCGUCCGAGUUAUCGUCCAGUAGCCUCCGGUGUCAUGAGCCGGACUGGCAUCGUGAUCCCGAGUGCUGGCCAUUUCUCAUUAGUGAACUUCCGGACACUCAGCUGGAACAACGAGUCCAGUGCCACACCGCAUCGACCACUUUACUCGACGACUUCAGCGAGCGGUUCUCAAACUAUGGUAAUUCUCUGCGUGUCACCGCAUACAUCCUACGCUUUGCCACCAAAAUGACUUCACAUUCCUUCCACGGUCUACUUAAGCAAUGA